AGUGUCAUCCUAUUUCUUGUACAUCUAACUACAAGAAAACAAAGAUCAUCAGAAAGAGAGUAGUUUGAGAAUAGUUUUUGUACGUAGUAAGAGAAAAAAACAGCGCAAAGAUGGGAGACAAAAAUCCUAAAGACUACAAGGGUAAGAGUGUUAUUGUACACGAAGACGAACCAGAUGUCAUCAAUCAAGAACCCAUUCAACAUCCUCCUCGGAUUCAGCACCCAAAUCUUCCACCCGGUUUCAAGCUUCAGCCAAGCGAUGAUGAGUUGGUGUCUUAUUACAUAAAGAACAAGAUUAGAGAUCCUACUCGUUUUCGACCUUCUUUUAUCCCUGACACAAAUAUUUACGAUUAUCUUCCUCGAGAGCUGUUAGAAGGAAACAAAGACAUGGAUGCUUAUUUCUUUUCAGCAAGAAAUAAAAAAUAUCAAAACGGGACUAGAGCUGAUCGAAGUGUCAAAAAAGGCCAAGGACACUGGAGAAUGGGAUCCAAAACUAAAGAGAUUCCAGGAGUUAACGGAAGGACAAUUGUUGGUUAUAGGAAUAGCCUUAAGUUCUACGUGGGUAAGAAUAAAAAAGAUUGUAUUGCAACAAAUUGGCAGAUGAAAGAAUAUAUGUCAUGUGUGGUGACGAUAAAGAGAAAGUAG